AUGGAUGAGCAGCACUGCUUUGACUUUGGCUCUGUGUACCACACCUGCUCGGAGUUCAGGACCUUUGAGCCCUGCAAGCAGCUGUGGUGCAGCCAUUCAGACAACCCGUAUUUCCGCAAGACCAAGAAGGGGCCCCCGCUGGAUGGCACGGAGUGUGCACCCGGCAAGGUACCUGCAGAACGGGGGUCUGUAGCAGCCACAGCCUUCCUGGGAUGCCACAGUCCUUUGCUCCUGAGUUUGCAGACUUGGGUCUUCCAUCAGCCCAUGCAGCAGGAUGCUUAUUUCCACUCUGCAGAUGAGGAGGAUGAGCCUGGCCACGGGGAGCUCUGUGAGGCAAAGGCAGCCCAGGUGGAGCAGGAGGCCCGGAGACUGCAUCUGCGGAGUCUGCAGUACCUGGAGCGCUCUGUCCACCUGGUGCUUCUCAACGCGUAUCUCCACCUGGAGAAGUACCCCCUGGUUUUUGCCAUCAGUUUCAGCCGCUGGCUGUGUGCCCACCCUGAGCUGUACCGUCUGCCUGUGACGCUGACCUCAGUGGGGCCAGUGGCUCCCAGGGGCCUCAUGGCCAAGGGCUCCCUGAAGGUGGACGAUCUCGUCUCCCCAGACGCACUCGGCACUCUGAGAGAGAUGGACGUGGCGAUCCGGCGGGUGCCCCGCAUGCCCAUCUAUGGCACGGCCCAGCCCAGUGCCAAGGCCCUGGGGAGUGUCUUGGCCUACCUGACCAACGCCAAGAGGAAGCUGCGGCACAUCGUGUGGGUGAACCUGAGGGAGGAGGCCGUGCUGGAGUGUGAGGGGCACACCCGCAGCCUGUGGCAGCCUGGGCCCCCUGUAACCCCUGAUCAGCUGGAGAGCCUGGAGACCCAGCUGAAGACCCACCUGAGCAAGCCUCUCCCAGGCACAGAGGGCCCCCGCACCCACAAGUUCCAGACGUGCCUCACUAUGCAGGAGGUCUUCAGCCAGCACCAGGGGGCCUGUCCUGGUCUCACCUACCACCGCAUCCCACUGCCAGACUUCUGUGCCCCCUGUGAAGAGGAUUUUGACCGACUGCUGGUGGCCCUGAGGGCUGCCCUCGCCAAGGACUCAGGCACCGGCUUUGUGUUCAGCUGCCUCAGCGGCCAGGGCCAGACCACCUCCAUCAUGGUGGUGGCUGUGCCCACCUUCUGGCACAUCUGAGGUUUCCCCGAGGUAGGCUAGGAGGAGCUGGUGAGCGUGCCUGAUGCCAAAUUCACCAAAGGCGAAUUUGAGGUGGUGAUGAACAUGGUGCAGCUGUUGCCCAAAGGACGCCGCGUGAAGAAGGAGGUGGAUGUGGCACUGGACACUGUCAGCGAGAGUAUGAUACCCAUGCACUACCACCUUCGGGAAAUCAUCAUGUGCAACUACCGCCUGGCAAAGGCAGCCCAGGUGGAGCAGGAGGCCCGGAGACUGCAUCUGCGGAGUCUGCAGUACCUGGAGCGCUCUGUCCACCUGGUGCUUCUCAACGCGCAUCUCCACCUGGAGAAGGCGCAGUCCUGGCAGAGGCCGUUCAGCACCUGGAUGCGGGAGGUGGCAUCGAAGGCCGGAGUUUACGAGAACCUCAACCAGUUGGGCUUCCCUGAGCUGGAGCCCGUGGAGGACCUGCCCUUCUCUGGGCUGCUCUGCCAGUGGCAGGAGCAGAGCCGCAGCCCCGAGGCCUGGACAGCAGGGGACUUCCUACAGGAGGGGCUCCCCCUGCCCCUGCCUCCUCCCGGGCUGGUGUUCCCAGUGCUCUUCCCGGGGUGGUCAUGA